CAAUGGACCUCUCAGCAGACAGAUUCCUCAUGACGCCUCAUAAGACACUUGCUGACAAAAAGUAAUGCACGCAAGCUCCAAGGAAACUUGGCAAAGAUGAGCAAGUGCCCUCCCCUGAUGGCCACGACCCCUCAAACUGUCUUCCUGAAGUGUCCCCUCUCUCUAAGGAACAAUCAAAUCCCUAAAAGAGUCUCAGGAAUCACAAGACUGGGGUUCUAGUCUCGGUUUUCCCUCCCAGUCUUUGUCCGUCUUGUCUAUUGAGACUGUAUAUUUGGCCCCAGCACAAUGGGACACUGAUCUCAGUUGGGGCCACUAGGCACUACCAUAAUACAAUACUAAAUAAGAAGGCCCUCAAAAACAUCAUUAAUGGAGCAAAUCCUGAAAGCUGUAGGGCACCUGGCACUGCUAUGGAAGCCAAGCAGACCUGCAGAUGCUCCGCACCCACUGUAAGUGCGGUGAUGUCACAAACCUUUGACAUCACAGACACACAGAUCCUUAGGAAGCACAGACAACCGCUGGCUUUUGUUCUUCCCCGAUGUCGGUGGUGAAAUCGAUUAACCUGGUGCUGCCUGAAAAGAAGGUGUAUUUGGCAGGCUCCAGCAUAGCUGGCCAGGUGAUUCUGACCCUUAACAACUCUUUGAUCAACCCCACAGUAAAGGUAGAGCUCGUGGGAAGAGGCUAUUUGGAGUGGAAUGAAGAGACUAAUGCUGACAAGGAUUACAGCAGAGACAUUAUCUGCAAUAACAAGGCUGACUACAUCAAUAAAACAAAGACAUUCUAUAUAGAAGGUAACUGGCUGGCUUCAGGCACCCACAUCUUUGACUUCAAUUUCAACUUACCUGACAGACUUCCAUCGACAUUCAGCAGCAACAUAGCCCGUGUCUCCUACUUCCUCAAAGCCUCCUGCGCCACCCGAGAGCUCAUCUUAGCCAAGCAGAAGAAAUAUUUACUGGUGCAAGGGACCUCCUAUGGCCUCCUUAAAAAUAAAAUAGAAUCCCAGUACCCUUUGGUGGUGGAAGUCAACAAGCACGUAGCUUAUCAUUGCUGCUUCAAACACGGCCUCGUCAUCCUCCGGAUUUCCCUGGUGAAAAACACAUUCGCCCCCGGUGAACAGAUCAUCUUCACGACAGAGAUCGACAACCAGACAGGCAGGUCCAUCAGGAAGGUGGUUUUUGCCUUGUACUCAAUCAUCCUCUACCUGGGCUACACCGUCAGGGCAGAACGGCGCUCCUUAGAAGACCGAAACGAAGUGAUGAGGCUGGAGUCCAGGACCAAGGCAGCCCCCUUUGAGGUCACAAAGAUCACCAGCAUGUUCUCUCUGCCCAAGUUACUGUCUGUCAGCAGCAUGUCCAUAGCCAAUGAAAUCAUGGAAGUCCGGUAUGAGCUGAUAGGGACAGUUUACCUUCCCUGGUCCAUGACCACAAUUGUGGCCAAAGUGCCUAUCAUCAUAAGAACCACAGCUGUAGGCAUCCCUGAGGACUAGCAGAGGGGUGCAGAAGCAAAGUGACCACAUGGACACACCCAGCGUUUUCAGACAAAUCUCUA